ACCCCCGGUAGCUCCUCCACUCUGAUGGAACUCCUCCACUCCAGUCUAUGCUCUCUGAGCUCCAAUCACUUGCCAACUCUAUCCACAAAAUCUAAUCCCCGAAUUCCAAUCCACGUCAGCACCACUGUCGCAUCAGAACGACGCCGCUUUGGCAUCCGGCAAAACGCGCAGCGCCGGUUCCUCAGUUCGCCGGAAACCGACAUUAUUGCUACUCCGGCGAAGGCAGCGGCGACAAAUUGGUGGAGCCUAACCGAGGGCGACGGCGAUGAAGAGGAGGAAGAGAAAAUUAGCACUGCGGCGAAGGAGCAAGUCACGCUUCUGCGUGCUCUUGAUCGAAUGUGGAAUUUGAUCGAGACUGAUAGAUGGAUUGUGUUCGUUGCUUUCGGUUCACUGAUUAUCGCUGCGCUUUCCGAGAUAUCAAUACCGCGGAUAUUGACGGAGUCUGUGUUUUGUGCUCAAAAUGGGGAUGCCACGGUGUUCUUCAGGAACUCUAAGCAUCUAGCAUUGUUGUGUGUCACUUCAGGGAUAUGCAGUGGCCUGCGAAGUGGUUGUUUUGGUAUUGCCAACAUUUUACUGGUUAAGCGCCUCAGGGAAACCCUGUACUCGGUUGUUAUUGUCCAGGACAUAUCCUUUUUCGACAGAGAAUCAGUUGGUGAUUUGACAAGCAGACUAGGGUCAGAUUGUCAACGAUUAUCACUUGUCAUUGCAAAUGAUAUUAACUUGAUAUUACGUAAUGGGCUUCAGGGAACUGGUGCACUGAUCAAUCUGCUUAUAUUAUCUUGGCCUCUUGCAUUGUCAGCACUGGUUAUAUGUAGUGUAUUAUCUGUAUAUUUUCUUCUAUAUAGCAAGUACCGAAAGAAAGCUUCAAAAUUAACUCAAGACUUCACUGCUGGGGCUAAUGAAGUUGCACAAGAAACACUUUCAAUGAUGAGAACAGUCCGAGUUUCUGGAACAGAAAGAAAAGAAAUCGGAAGGUUCAAGGGAUGGUUAGACAAGGUAGCGUUUAUAAACAUUCGAGAGAGUAUGGCUCAUGGGUUCUGGGGUAUGAGCUUUAUUUCUCUGUAUCGAUCAAUGCAGAUUAUUGCCGUGGUGUUGGGAGGCAUUUCUAUUAUGAGUGGCCGUGUAUCACCUGAGCAACUAACGAAGUAUGUACUGUACUGUGAGUGGUUAAUUUAUGCAACCUGGAGAGUCACAGACAAUUUAUCAUCAUUAGUCCAGUCUGUUGGAGCAAGUGAAAAGGUUCUUCAGUUGAUGGACUUGUUGCCCAGUGAUCAAUUCGUAUCGACAGGUGUCAAGUUGCAGAAGGUAAUUGGACAUAUCCAAUUCGUUAACGUUUCUUUUCACUAUCCUUCCAGGGAAAAAAUCCCCAUUCUAGAGGACAUAAGUAUUUCCAUACAAUCAAAUAAAGUGGUUGCAAUUGUUGGUCUGAGUGGAAGUGGAAAAAGCACAUUAGUCAAUCUCUUGCUUCGUCUUUAUGAACCAACAAAUGGUCAGAUCAAUAUCGAUGGUUUUCCUAUCUCAGAGUUGGAUAUCAGGUGGCUGAGAGGGAAAAUUGGAUUUGUGGCACAGGAACCAAAUCUCUUUCACAUGAGCAUCAAGUCAAACAUUCAAUAUGGUUGCUGCGAAGACAUUGAAUUAGAAGAUAUUAAAUCAGCUGCAAAGCAAGCUUAUGCCCAUAAAUUCAUCUCAUCUCUUCCUGAUGGGUAUGAAACCGUAGUCGAUGAUAACUUGCUCAGCGGUGGACAAAAGCAGCGGAUUGCCCUAGCAAGGGCCAUUCUUAGAAAACCAGCUAUAUUGAUCCUUGAUGAAGCUACCAGUGCCUUAGAUUUUGAAGCCGAACAUCACAUUAAGGGGGUUCUUCAUGCAAUGAGGAAUGACGUUAAAGCAAGAAGAACCAUCAUCGUGAUUGCACACAGACUUUCAACCAUAGAAGCUGCUGAUAGAAUCAUUGUAAUGGACAGAGGCCGAGUUACUGAGAUUGGUGUGCAUGACGAGCUCUUGAAGAAGGAUGGGAUGUAUGCAAAUUUGAUACGAGCUCAAUCAGAUGCUUUGGCUUGAUUGGAGUGAUAAAAUAAUUGUUAGAGGUGAAGUAGACUUGCUCAAUGGCUUCACCACCGUAAAGUGUUGCUUGAGGGCUGUGGUGGAGAAAUGUGAGGGGUGUGGAACCCAUUCAUGAGGAAGUCCCGUUGGUUUUUCUUCAUGCUUCUCUUUCGCCAUAAUUUCUUCCAUGUUCUCCUCUUUACCAUUGUCGUUGCUCUGGAUUUCCUUGGCCAACUUGGUGUCCCAGGAGCACUUCUCCUUUUCAUUGUUGGCAUUCAUAUAGUGUUCUUUGCCAAAGUUUAUGUACACCAAAAUAUGCAUACUCAUGCCUCCAAGGGCUGCUAGGCUGCUCCACGUGCCACCAUUUGCACACUGUGAUUGCUA